AUGAUGACGAUGGACUGCAUGGCGACCGUCACCUCCUGUCUGGUAUUUUUCGGUGUGUUCGCGUCCGUGCAAUCGCAAGGCUUUUAUCAGGGUCGCCAAGUGGACGACGCCGGUAUCAUCUGCUCAGAGGAUGGAAUUACCGGUCGUUUGUCGUUCGACCGACCCUUCAGCGGUAAAAUCUACUCACGACACUAUGCACACGUCAAGGAAUGCGUCUUCUAUGACUCCAACAACCAACACGUCAUUCUGUUUGCCAUGCCCAACUACAGGUGCGGCACCGUCGUGCGACGCAAUGUCAGAAACCAAAUCAGUCAUCUCGAAAAUGAGGUUUAUGUGCAGUUCGAUAAAGUGACACAAACUGCAAUUGACCGGCGCUAUUUGUUUGUCUGUGACGAAAGUCCCCUGAAGAACGUGUCGCAGCGACGUCUGAGCUACACCGGUCCCGAACAGACGGUCAUUAUUCAAACGAUGCAAGCGACGAACUUCCCGGUCAAUGCCGGUGACAGUCGGGAACUCAGGUCGGAUGUGCAGAUGGAGAUUCUCGAAGGCCGCGGAACAAGCAAGCCGAAGGUCAAUCGGUCACUGAAGAUCGGCGAUCCUAUCACACUAGUGGUCAGAGGCCCCAAGAGCAAAAGCGGCGCGUCUUCGACUGACUACGACAUGACCGUCCACAGCUGUUAUGCCCACGACGGCAGCGGUGCAAAUAGAGUCGAGCUUACGGACAGAAACGGGUACGAAAAAGUAUAA